GACAUAUCAUCAAUGGACGGCUUGGAUGCGAUAAUGCUCUUGAUGAAGGAUAAACCAUGUUAGGAGAAGGGGGUAAAACGGUCAUCUUAAUUCGUGGACUUUCCCAAAUAAUACAGUAGAUAUUGUUUCCUGAGCCGAAACGGGAGGCGGACAAUCCCAGAAACCCGAUCGAGAUUGUAUUGAGAGAUCAUGAGUAUCCUCAAGGCGAUCCAACCAUCCCUCCAUCGCCCAAACCCAUCUCCUGCCCAGAGGAAGACGUCACGCAACAGGCGGAGAUCGGUCUCCAGUUUCUGCAGCUCCAACGACGCCGGCCGUGCCGAUUCCUCUUCCCCGUCCGAAGGCGACAAGCGAAAGCAGGAACUGCUCGCCCGGAUCGCCAUGCUGCAGGCCCAAAAAGUCCGCCUCACCGACUUCCUCGACGAGCGGUCCGCGUUCCUCACCCAGUUCGCGGAGGACGCCAACGCCGAGUUCGACCAGAUAGGGGAGAACGCACUCAAAGAGCUCGACGAAGCCAGCGCCAGGAUCAUGGAGAAGCUGGAGAACCGGGCGCAGGCGUUCGAGGAAGCCGCGGAGGUGAACAGGCAGGAGAUCGAGAAGAACGACCGGGUGUUGGAGGAGUUCGAAGACCAAAUCGAGAGGGACCGGAACGAGGGCUUGUUCUUCAAGAACCUGAAGGAGAAACGACCUGCACCCAAAGACAAGGAAGCGGGAGCGAAGAUGAAAGCCAAGAUGGAAGCGCAAAAGCUGGAGGAAGCCACGAGGAGAAACGCAGGUUUGAAGGUGCGAAGCAACAUAUACCUUGCGCUGAUGACCGUGCUGGGCUUCACCAUUGCCAACGCUGUCGUCGUCACUCCGGAGGUGGAAUGGCGAAAAGUCGCUGCGCUGGGCUUGAUAUUUGCGGGCUUAGUCGCUCAGUUCAUCUACGAGAAGAGUUUAUCUUCUGAGACAGAGGAAACGAAGAAGGAAGAGUGAGGACCAACUGCUGCUUCAACUGUAAAGAGAAAUAAAGUGUUGCAUGUAACGUAAUCCAUUCUGGAUAUAACCGACGCGUUUCAACCUUCCAAAAGUCAACCAUCGAUCGAUUAGA